GUGAUGGGGGGCCGCGCCAUCGCCAGCCCCCACCGAGCUCCACUCAGUAUCGAGACUUCACUAAGAAUACAAGCGCUCGGUGGCGCAGCGCGCCGCGUUUACAUUAACACUUUUACUUCUCAACAAGGUAAUUCUAUUACACUUCGUGAACGCGGGAACGUAUUUUAAAAUAUUAAAUAACAUGAUAAUAUCAAAAACAUGCAAAUUGAAAGUGAUGUCGGAUUGAAAAUCCCAACGGCAAGAUGAUGCCCACUUGGGCAAACGAGGAAAGCACUGGCUCAGAGGAAGAAUUCCCUCUUCUGAUGCCAGAGUUGCUUCCCCAAGAUGAUCUUCUUGAGGGCACUUACGAGAAUGAAUUUCCUGUGAAGAAUUUCCUUAACGAAUCAAACUCUGUAAAAAAUUAUUUCAAAGAAGACAUAGGGGAUAUUGAAGAAGAUUUAAAAAAGAUUCAGGAAAUACCUGAAAGAAUGAACGAGGCUGCUGAUGAAUUUUACGACAGUGCUGCUAGCAACAGCAAUGACUCCCACAACGACAACGAGUACAGGUUAAGAAGCCACAAAGAAAGAAAAGUAGAUUCUGGGAAUGAAGCUCCAUAUUCUGUGGCUACAACUCCGUCCAAUACAACUUCGGGGACUGGACGCCGGCGGCGUUGUGGCGGAAUAUCGGCGCGGGAACGCAAUCUGCGCAGGCUAGAGAGCAACGAAAGAGAACGAAUGCGUAUGCAUUCUUUGAAUAGAGCAUUUGAAGAUCUCCGACAAGUGAUACCUCAUAUUAAGAAAGAAAAGAGAAGCUUGUCAAAGAUAGAGACUUUGACCCUUGCUGUGAACUACGUAAAGGCGUUAACGAAUUGCAUUUUCACUAUGCGGAGCGAACAACCGCGAUAUAAUUUCAAUGAUGGCGACAAGUUAGUGGAGCCUGCCUUUGUGAUCAGAGACGACCGUUUGGAGGAGAACAACAACACAAUCGAUAGGAAUAACGGGCUAUGACGAAGUGAGCGCCUCGCUAACAAGGCUUCGGUUUGUUAUAUGAAGCGGUGACUUAAUGCACGGUCUGCAUAUAAUAAGUAAAAAGAUACUGUUUGAAACUACUUUACUCUGCCCACUCUUUUCUAAACUCCUAGCAUCGGAGCUAUUCUGCCGUUCCUAUCAUAAACAACAUAAAAAAAUAAUUUCUUUUUUAGUAGUGCCCCUCAGAUCUUGGCAAUUUAAAGCUCUGACUAGCACUGUAACUGUUAAGGACCGGCGUGUAGCUUACAAUCAGGACAGGCACGACUAGUUCGUUCCGUCACUUGAAGUUAUAAAAAAAAAUCUCAAAAAUUACCAAAAUGCAAGGCAAAAUAGGUAUUUGAGUUUUAUAGAAAUUUACUAUUGCAUUAUUAACCUAAUUCUUUAUUAUAUAUUCUGUGACAUAAUUUUUAGCUAAUCAGUUCGUGCUAUUAAACAUUUACUUAAGGCCCCCUGAUGGGACAGUCCCUCGUUCUCCGUCCGCCAAAUUAAAAGACGCCUGAUACGAGUGAAUCUUCAUACUUGAUAUUAUCUUUUAUUAUGGUCGAGUGUUACUUAUUUGACAGUAAUUGUUUCGUGUUGACAUUGAAAAUUGAACUAUUUUGUCGGAUAUAAAUCGCAAAUUUUUCUUAAAAAAGAAAAAUCAAAUGUUUUAGGCCCUUGCCAUUUCGCCAUUUAGGCUACUUCGAGGGCUCGCGUGACGAUUAAAAAAGUGAUCAGCGACUCGGCGAUAUUUAGCCUAUUUUUGAAGUUCCCCGCAGCAAGCAAAAUUGUUUUCCAUGAUUAUCAGGGAUUUUAUGGCUUGGGCGUAUAUCGGCUAGUUAUCAUUAAUAAAUUAUUAAUAUAAGAUUUCUAGUGCUUCAAACCAUACUCAAGUCCUGACUUGAGCAUUGAGUAGAGUUCUGGAAUACGACCUGAGGGUCGGAUUAAUAGUUUCGUGGUCGGAAAAUAGUUUAAUUUCCAUAAAUGUAUGCCUUAUUUUCUCAAACUCGUAUCUUAUAAAGAGUGAUUAUUUAUGAGAUGACAAAACUUUCUAUUUAUUUUAAUUUUUUUAUCAAUGGUGU